CCUCCAAUAAACCUCUCAUUAGUCUCAACAGUCAACACUAGAGAGAGAUAGAAAACCAACAAGCAAAGAACAAUGGCAGCAACUACAGUGCCCAGAAAUCAAACUUGGUUCUCAAGGUCUGGAAGUAUCGAAGCAAGGACUGGGUUGCAUGAGCAUGUCCUCCAACUACGGCCCUCCAAAGCCUGAAGAAGACAUGAUCAAACUCAUCCACCACGCCAUUAACACCGGCGUUACUUUUCUCGACACCUCCGAUGUCUAUGGUCCACAUACCAACGAAUUCCUUAUUGGAAAGGCUUUGAAGGGAGGGUUGAGAGAGAGAGUGCAAGUAGCUUCGAAGUUUGGGAUCUCAUCGCAGGAUGGGAAAAUGCAAGUGCGGGGAGAUCCAGCGUACGUGAGGGCUGCAUGUGAGGCUAGCUUGAAGCGGCUUGAUAUGGAUUGUAUUGAUCUCUAUUAUGCUCAUCGGAUUGACACUCGGGUGCCCAUUGAAGUCACGAUGGGGGAAUUGAAGAAACUGGUUGAAGAGGGUAAAGUAAAAUAUGUAGGUCUAUCAGAGGCGAAUGCAUCAACAAUCAGAAGGGCUCAUGCUGUUCAUCCAUUAACAGCUGUGCAGAUGGAGUGGUCCUUGUGGUCACGAGAUCUUGAGGAAGAAAUUGUUCCUGUGUGCAGAGAACUUGGCAUUGGGAUUGUCCCAUACAGUCCAAUAGGCAGGGGAUUCUUUGCAGCAGGUCCCAAAAUGUUUGAGAACAUGGCACAAAAUGAUUUCCGAAAGGGUAUGCCAAGGUUUCAACCUGAGAAUCUUGAGCAUAAUGUGCACGUAUAUGAGCAACUUAGUAAAAUGGCAUCAAGAAAAGGAUGCACCCCGGCACAGCUAGCAUUGGCCUGGAUCCAUCACCAAGGAGACGAUGUGUCUCCCAUACCCGGUACCACCAAAUUGGAGAAUUUCAAGCAGAAUAUUGGAGCUUUAUCAGUAAAACUAACACCGGAAGAGAUGUCCGAACUGGAAUCCUAUGCUUCAGCUGAUGUGGUCAAGGGUGACAGGCAUAUGUACAUGGGAAGUACUUGGAUACAUUCCGACACCCCACCUUUGUCCUCCUGGAAAGCUUGAAUCCAGGCAUGGCCUGCUGUUUUUUUUUUUUUUGGGAGGGGGAGGGGAGGGGAGAAAGGUACAUGAAGCCAUAAUCUCAAGAAAAUAAAAUUUUCACAAAGUAAGGAGUAUUAUUGGACCAAAGAUUCAUUGGUAUGACCUAUUGUUCAUUAAUAAAACCUCCUACCUAUGUCGAGAAAUUGUUAUAUUUGUAGUGCAAGAGUAUUUGAAAAGUUGACACGAGUUUCUGGACUCUGGCAUGUUCCAAAAAUUAAGGUAUAUUAUAGUAGAAUUUUGUUAUGUG